AUGAACCGUACCAUCACCAACACCACACUGCUUGAAAAUCCGGAGCUAUGCACGCUGGCAACAUGUCCUUUGGACCUGGCACAGGUUCAAUAUGUGCCCUCUUUAGCCGGUAAUAUGCUAUACAUCAUUAUUCUCUGUCUAGUCGCUGUUGCCCAGCUGUGGUUGGGCAUCAAGUAUAAGACAUGGACAUAUAUGGUCUCUAUGCUGUUUGGGCUCAUUAUGGAAGUUGUUGGCUACGUUGGCCGUGUCCAAAUGCAUGAUAACCCUUUCCUCUCCGAUCCGUUUUUGAUGUAUUUGACCUGUCUAACAAUUGCCCCUGCAUUCUUUGCCGCAGCAAUUUAUCUUUGCUUGUCGCGCAUUGUUGUUACUUACGGCGAGGAAAUCUCCUACCUACGACCACGUACUUACACCAUCCUCUUCAUCUCGUGUGACUUCGUGGCUCUUAUGUUACAGUCGGCGGGCGGCGGAAUCGCUUCCUCAGCAGAUAAUAAUGGUGACCAGGAACUAGGAAUCAACAUCAUGAUCGCAGGUGUCUCGUGGCAAGUCUUUAGCCUCGCGCUAUUUGGCGUGUUAUGUGCUGAGUUUGCUUUCCGCGUGCGUCGCACCUCCACAUCUAAGCGGAGCAUGAUGUUUACUGUCCUCCGAAGCACACGCUCUUUCAAGCUCUACCACAUCGCACUCGGGUGUGCAACUUUGGCUAUCUUCGUGAGAUCUGUCUUUCGCUGCGCAGAGAUGUCUGAGGGGUUUAGUGGAAAGUUGGCGAAUGAUCAAAUCACGUUCAUGAUUCUAGAAGGUGCAAUGAUCUGUCUAUCUGUUAUUUUGUUGACAGUUCUGCAUCCCGGUUUGGUUUGGAAGGGCCAGUGGCGUGAUGCAAUGUGGCAUGUCCGCUCCAGAGCAAAGACUCAGACAGAUUAUACCGCCCUAGAGAUGCAGAAUAGGAGCGCAUCCACUUCGGUGUAG